UGCUGGAAAUAUUAAAUCUCAAGAAGAAGACGUUUGUCGCGUUUUGAUUGGACGGCUGUGAGUUUGUUUCAGACAUGGCCGAAACCACCGGAGAGGGAGCGCAAGGAGGAUCCUUUUUUAACAAAGAGAGAAUAAAAUACAGCCCCGAGGAGGAGGCCCGGCUCGAGAGGCAGCACUUCUGGAGGAUAAUCGACGCUUUUAGAUUUUACAGGGUCCAUGUCCAGGAGCAGGUGAAGCGUGCCGAGCGUCAGUUCCUGAGCCUCCCGCAGCGACACCAGAAUCUGCUGCCAAAUGUUCUGUCCAACCUGGCCCGGAUCAGCCAGUGUGCCGACCACAACCAGGACAUUCUGCAGGCCAUCGUUCACAACAGCCUCCACAUGUUCGAGAACAUCGAGUACGGCGAGAGGGAGGACCCGCGGAAGGUGCGUCCCUCCACUACGUUCGACAUGGACAAGCUCAAGUCCACCAUCAAGCAGUUUGCCCGAGACUGGAGCGAGACGGGCCGCGCCGAGAGGGACACCUGCUACAAACCCAUCAUCCAAGAGAUCCAGAGACUCUUCCCAAGUGACCAAUAUGAUGUGUCUAAGGUGAGCGUGCUGAUUCCGGGUGCCGGGCUCGGCCGUCUGGCCUGGGAGAUAGCUCGGCUGGGCUACAUUUGCCAGGGCAACGAAUGGAGCUUCUUCAUGCUCUUCUCUUCCAACUUUGUUCUCAAUAGGUGUGAGAAGGUGAACUCUCUGACCCUGUACCCCUGGAUCCACCAGUUUAGCAACAACAAGAAAUCCUCCGACCAAACCCGACCAAUCAUCUUCCCCGACAUCAACCCUCAGAGCUUACCGCUGGACGCAGACUUCUCCAUGGUAGCCGGAGACUUUGUGGAAGUCUACCGCGACUCAGAUUCCUGGGACUGUGUGGCGACUUGCUUCUUCAUCGACACGGCUCAUAACGUCAUUGAGUAUGUGGAGACGAUCUGGAAGAUUCUUAAGCCUGGUGGAGUCUGGAUCAACCUGGGUCCUCUGCUGUACCACUUUGAGAACAUGGCCAACGAGCUCUCAGUCGAACUGAGCUACGAAGACAUCCGGACAGCCAUCGUUAACUUUGGCUUCCACAUAGAGGUGGAGAAACAGUCGGUUCAGACCACCUACACCGAGAACGACCGCUCUAUGUUGAGAUACAUCUACGACUGUGUUUUCUUCGUGGCACGAAAACCUGCAGAACUGUACUUUAACGACGAAGAAGAGGAAGAAGACGACGACGACGACCAACAACAGAGUUCUCCGCCGGCAGCCAAGUCGCCGAGGCGAGAAGGUACCGACACGCUCACGUGACAAAAACAGAGGACUCGGAGAGGCGUGCGACCGCUGACCAAGACUGACAAAAUGAAAAAGAGAGAAGUAAACGGACACGGAAGGAAAAACUAAUCAUUGGACGUACAUUUUACAUUUUUUGUCACAUAUUUUUGAUGGAUCAACGAGCAACAAACCUCGCAGGCCUCGUGUUCCAUUUAGCAGCUUUUAAAGAAACCAAUCAUCAACAACUCGUCAACAACUCGUCAACAACUCGUCAACAACUCGUCAACAACUCGUCAACAACUCGUCCUUACAGGUUGAACGAUAACGAAGACGUGGGGGGAAACAUCAACACUUACUGCAGCAUCACCUUUUAUAAAGCCGUCUGUUGUCUCCUCUCGACAAGGAAACUUAUUAAUAAUACACACACAGACACACACACACACACACACACACACACACA